AUGGCCACGGCAAUGACGAUGCAUAUGCCGUCCAGCAGAACCAGACCAAAACCGCCAGCUCGAGUGAACACGUCCACGACUUACACCCUCGCGCACACGGCACAGUGCAAGCUCAGACUGGCCGCGAAGCGAACCGAUCGGGACUUGCGGUUCAUUCUCGGCCAUGCGUUCACGCUGGACAACCUCAUGCUUCGGAUCGUGGAGAUUGAGAAUCGCCAAGCGAAAAGCGCUUUCGCCGAAGGUGUCGGCAAGAAGUCCAGGGAAGUGAGCGACGCCGAAGACCAUUUUGACUGCUCAUUGGCAAACACCAAGACGGCGACGGCCCCGAGUACCAAGGAGCAUCACGAUGAUGGCGAUUUUGACUGUUCACUGGGAAACCCGGACACCGCAGCGACUACCAAGGAGAAACACGAGGAUAGCGACUUUGACUGUUCGUUGGCACACCCCGACACGGCCCCGACCACCCAGGAACAGCACGAUGACGGCGACUUUGACUGUUCGCUGGCACACCCGGACACGGCCGCGACUGCCAAGGGACAGCACGAUGGUGAUCACGACGAUGAUGGGGAGUUUGAUUGCACCAAGGCACCACCACCUGAGCACGACGAUGACCACAAGGUUUCCCAACGCUCAUCUGCUCUCGGAGGCGGAGGAGACGAAGCGUCUGCGCCUGCGGGUGGAAGGAGGAUCAGUUUCCAAGAUAACAACGCGCGACCGUCCAAGAAUGGAUAUGGUUAUGGACACGAGUCCGGCGGGUCACGGUCCCCGAGAAAAGGAAGACGGUCGCCGUCGCCGCAGCCGCAGCAUCUCGUGUUCCCCGCCGGCCUCAGCGACGACUCUGAUGACGGCACUUCGAGCGACGACUACGAAGAUCCCGAGCUGAUGGCGUACGACUGCGAGGCAGCGCCGCCCGUGCCGGAGGAGAAGAAGGCGAUCAAAAGGGCCAAGCAGGCUGGGUCGAAGAAGGCGCGCGAUGCGUAUGUCGACGAAGAGGACGCCGCGCUGGAACUGGCCGACGACGAACUCGACACCAACAACAACACCGACGUCGACGAGGACGCAGACAGCAGGCUGGCAGACAACGUGAAAGGUGCACGUUUCGGCCUGGGUGAUGAUGGGGAGUAUGACGAUGACGGUGACGAUGACGAUGACGGUAUGCCAGGCUUGACCAGGUUCCAAAGCGCGAGCGCAAGACCACCUAGGAUGAUUGAAGACGUGGAAGGCGACGACGACGACGACGAUGACGAUCAUAUUGGACCAGACUCGCCUCCACAGUUGCCUGCCGACGUCGACGUGCGCGAAAUCAUCGCCGGCGAGAGAGACGAGGAACUGACGGAUCUCUAUGAGAAAGUGAGACGGUGUGCGUGUCACGGCAACCGAGACAACGUGGGCGGGAAAGCCGAGGGGAUCUGGGAUGUCCCUGUCGAGAAGACGGGCGGGAAAGUGUUGGCUGUCGUUGCUGUUGCCGCUUGA